AGGAAGUGGGAAGUCCGGCCUCGCUUCGCAUGGAGUCUUUUCAGUACUGCUCGGCUAAACGACGGUAAAUUCGAUGCCAAGACCCAUCAUUCUUGGCAUUGAGCACAACGAGAAUUUGACGAUGGGUCGACUUUGACCUGACCGAUCGCAACAGACAACACUGCUCCUCAAGCUCAACGACUCCUCUCUACCUAGACCACAAAUCUGAUUGCAGAGACCCUGUCUCCAACAACCGCAAUCAUGGGUGGUGUUACCGUUCGCGAUGUCGAUGCCCAGAAAUUCAUCACCGCAUACGCAGACUUCUUGAAGAGACAGGGAAAGCUCCAAAUACCAGGUUGGGUUGAUACCGUCAAGACCUCACACUCCAACGAACUCCCUCCUCAAUCCGCCGACUGGUUCUACGUCCGAGCCGCUGCUGUCGCCCGACAUGUCUACCUCCGAAAGUCCGUCGGUGUAGGCCGUCUCCGAAAAGUCCACGGUAGCACAAAGAACCGAGGAUCAAGACCUUCCCAUCAUGUUGAUGCGUCCGGUUCUGUCGACCGAAAAGUCAUGCAAUCCCUCGAGAAGCUUGGAAUCCUUGAGAAGGCUGAUGAAGAUGAGGAGGGUACCGGAAAGGGAGGCCGAAGAAUCACUCAAUCCGGCAUGCGAGAUUUGGACCGAAUUGCCCAGACUGCCAUCGAGGGCGAGGAGGAGGAUGACGAGUAAAUUUAGUCGCAAAAAGAUCGGCGUCAAUCGGGGAGCAUUAAAAGGAUUCUCUUGCCAACCUCUGUCCAUUGGGAUGGGAAAUGUGCUGGCGGCUGAGAAAGCCAAGCUACGCCACGAACUAUCCACAGGAGGGUGAGCAGUCUGGCUGUCU